AGGCCCACCCUUCCUCGGUCACUUGUGAGAGGUGUGAACAGCCGUGGAGUCCAGAAGAGUUUUGGGAAUGGCUUCGGUCGAGACACUUCCAGAGGAUCUGGGAUCAGCUAAAGAACCCCCGUAGACCACUAUUAGCAGAGUCAACUCAAUUCGUCAACAAUCAGGAUCGGUUGUACAAGAUGAUCGGUGAGAUCGGGUUCGAUGUUCCGACGGGAAAUAAACAGUGCACAUUCGAGAUGUGCCAUCAAGCAAUCGAGAGGUUCCUGCCAACACCUGCUUUUCGAUCGUUGUCGGGCCGAUUCGCGUACUUGACUAGAAGGUUUAAACAAUCCUCAAACAGCUUUGGUGGAUGGGAACAUGAGCGUUUGGUUGUACAAAGAGUAAGCUCUUAUUGUACGAAUCAGGUGGAUCCCGUUAGCGAGCAGGUCUGUGGAAAGCCUGACCCUACAGCUAGCUCCCACGACUUAGCCGUGUCGCUGGUUGACCGUCCAAUUGUGGGCCACACGGUUGGGGUCUUUUCAACAGUGGAAAGUAGCACAUGUACUGGGAGUAACGAGUCUAUCCCUGCGUUUCAAGUAAUCUUCCCGCAAGAGGACCCAUCCGCUGUUGCCCCAAAGUACCUGGUAUGGGCACAUAACAUAUUUUAUUGGAACUGGUGGCAUUUGGUGCCGUUCGAAGUGUCGGAGCCUGUAUCGGUCUUUGGAUUAGCCCGAAAAGCGGCCGAUUGGGAGGCAGCGAGAAGGGGUUUGGCUAACAGAAGAGGUAGCUCCAUAUUAGAAGCAAAAUGUUACAGUACCUUUCAUGCGCCUUGGUCACCGGCGGUGUUCUUGUUUUGGUUGCGGAUGAACCGAUCUGCAGACGACGUUGGGUGUGGAACCAUGGAUAAAAGAGCAGGUGGUUGGUUCAUUCCAUUGAACCAGGUGGAUGAUGCGCUUCGUGACGUGCUGGGUACCUGGCCGAUAGAUGAGUGUCGUAGUCAUCAAUUUGCAAAGAUAAUGAAUUGUUGGCGCAGCCGUUAUAGUACUCAGCUCAAGCUUUCCUUCUCAGCUGGUUCAGAUCGCGCUGAAUUUCUAUCGUUGCAGCAGUUCGAAGGGUUAGUCGUAAAGAAGUUGGGAGAUUUGCGAGUGCCACUAAGUGAGGUUGCAAAAAAAAUACGAAGGACCCAACGCAGGCAGCGAAUACUUGACAGCGUGGCAGAAUUGAUUGGAGGAAAGAUCAGUGAUUCUAAUCAGGACAAGUUCAUCCAGGCGAUCAUGAGCGAUUCACAUCCACCACAUCUAAUGGAUAUUUCAGGAAACAAGUUUCAGGUAAUCACACCGGCACAUCCCGUAGAGGCUGAACUGAGAAUUCAGCCACGCUAUCUCGUUUGGGCGUACGAUUCGCUAAGACACUGUAGAGUACCCCAACCCAUGUGGUCUCCUGGACUGUCAGUUUUCGAGUUGGCCCAGAAGGCUUGUGCGUGGGAAGACAACGGUGGAAAAAUUUACAUUUUGACGGCGAGCUGUUAUAACUGUGGAGAAGGUAGUAGAGUCCAUGGUUCAACGACAAGUUGUGAAAGGUGCGAACAACGCUGGAGCCCCGAAGAGUUUUGGGAAUGGCUUCGGUCGAGACAUUUCUUAACCGUCUACGAUCAACUGAAGAACAUUAAUCAGAUAAAGGACUCAAGACAACCAAGAUACCCCAGUCACGAUUUAUUUUAUGACUCAAGUACAUUCGAUCGACGUCACUGGUCUAGGAUAAUCGACGAAAUCGGCUUUGAUUGUCCGGUGCAACGUGAAGGACCGACAUUCAAGAUGAUGCCCGCAGGAAUAGUCCAGAAAUUCUUUCCGACAGACGAUGACCCGUCAUUCGGCGCCCGAUACUACAGAUGGUGGAGCAAUUGGAUCAGGCAUGUCGGCCAGCAUCCAGACGGAUUUUGUCGAUGGGAGUUAGAGCGGUUGAUCCUGCACAAGGUUCUUCGUUCAAGUUCGGAGGCUGGUUCAAACAUCAGCUUGGCCGCGUAG